CUUCGCCCAAGCUGUCUUGCUGCAUUCUCUUUCAAAGCAGUCAGAUCUCCCCUGCAAUGUUCAGUAUCAGGGUAUUUCUACAUAAAAUCUUGAUUCUUUUGCAUGUUACUUUAUGUGUAGCUGUUGGUAAAACGCUGCUUAUAUUGUUCCCAAAAGCUAUGAAGAGAUACAUCCUAAAACAGGGCGAAAAAAGUAGGAUGAAUGAGAAUCCAAAGUUCAGCUAUGAAAACUGGGGUCCAACUUUUUUCAGCUUCAAUUAUUUACUCUUUGUACUGAAAGUGAAAUGGAAAAGGCUGGAGGAUGAAGCAUAUGAGGGGCAUCCUGCUCCGAACACACCGGUGGUGACAGUCAACGGGGAAGUUCGUCACCUCUUCAAUUUCAUGCAAGAUAAUCGACCACUAAUCUUGAAUUUUGGAAGCUGCACUUGACCUUCAUUUAUGUUAAAAUUUGAUGAGUUCAACAACCUCAUCAAAGAUUUCAGCUCUAUAGCAGAUUUCCUUAUCAUCUACAUUGAAGAAGCUCAUGCAGUAGAUGGAUGGGCUUUUAAAAACAAUGUUGUUAUUAAAAAUCACAGAAGCCUUGAAGAUCGAAGAACUGCUGCUCAAUUUCUUCAGGAAAAGAAUCCUUUAUGUCCAGUGGUUUUAGACACAAUGGAAAAUCUGAGCAGUUCAAAAUACGCUGCAUUACCAGAAAGAUUAUAUCUACUUCAAGGAGGGAAGGUCAUCUAUAAGGGAGGAGUAGGGCCUUGGAAUUAUCACCCCCAGGAAAUACGUGCCAUCCUGGAAAAAAUGAAGUAAAAGAAGAAAAUAAGAGGACUUCAGAGUAAAGGCUGUCUGGAUGAAGAAACUCAAUGAAUAACUUUUUUUUCCACACUAACUAAUUUUGUAUACACACAAUUUUCCUAAAUGUUUGCUUUUAUGGACUUCAGAAGGCUUCUGAAUAGGACUAUUUCUGUUAAAGUUUGUUUCUAUUAAUAUUUGUUAUGACAGUCAUAGCAUAAAGUAUAGACGGCUGUGACCUGAUUUUAGAAAAUAUUUAUAGAAACAAGUCAUUA